UUUCAGUUUAUACUGAUACGUGUACAGCUGUCGCGGUACGAAUGGACAAAAAAAUAAACGUGAUGUGGACGAUCAAGAAAAUUAGAUAACGCGACAGAGCUAAAGCAAACGUUUAUCAACGUUAUUAUUAAUAAUUAUAAAUAAAAAUAUAACAAUAAUAUACCUGGAAUAUUUAAAAUAAUUGUAAAUCAAUGGCAUUAAGAUCACUGAGGCAGGAAUACCUGCAAAUACCAACAGUUACUCGAGCUUAUACAACUGCUUGUGUACUUACUACACUUGCUGUGCAACUGGACUUGGUGUCACCUUUUCAACUUUACUUCAAUCCUAUUUUAAUUAUCCAUCAAUAUCAAAUAUGGCGACUCGUCACGACAUUUUUGUACUUCGGUACUGUUGGGUUCAAUUUUUUUUUCAAUAUGAUAUUUACUUAUCGCUAUUGCCGGAUGCUGGAAGAGGGUCCAUUCCGAGGAAGGACAGCUGAUUUUGUUAUGAUGUUUAUUUUUGGUGGUGUCUGUAUGAUAAUAUUUGCAUUCUUCGUUAAUUUAUUAUUUUUAGGACAUGCAUUCACAUUGAUGUUAGUUUAUGUGUGGUCUAGACGGACUCCGUUUGUCAGAAUGAAUUUCUUUGGUCUAUUAAACUUCCGGGCUCCAUUUUUACCGUGGGUUCUUCUGGGUUUCUCUUUACUUCUUGGUAAUGUUAUCUGGGUAGAUUUAGUUGGUAUGGCUGUUGGACAUAUGUAUUAUUUUGCUGAAGAUGUUUUUCCAAAUCAAGUUGGAGGAGGUUUUAGGAUCAUUAAGACUCCGCAAAUACUUAAAAAUUUAUUCGACGAACGUCCAGAAGAUUCAGAUUAUGCUCCACUUCCUGAAGACAGACCUGGAGGAUUCGCAUGGGGCCAAGAAGCUGACGUGCAUUGAAUUUAAUAUUCUAUUGUAAAUUGAAUCCCAGCAGAAAUUAAAAAAAAAAUAUAUAUAUACAUCAACAUAUAUAUAUAUAUAUAUAUUAAUGCAUUUAUUGUCUAUUCAGACAUUAAAUGAGUGAUAUUGCUGGUUAAUUUUUCACUCACCAUAAAUUUCCAUUGCCAUGUCUUUAAUUUCACUAUUAUUAUUAUUUUGUAAUAUUAUAUCGUCAUUUGUUGUUAAUUUAACGGGAUUAUUACUCAAUUUAUUUUUACUACUUUAUGUAAUCGCACACUGAGUGAAGAUUUUUGUAAAACAGAUUUGUAAAUAUAGAUAGUAAAUUUCAUAAAUAUUUAUCAGUGAAAAAAAAGAGAUAUCAUAUAAAAAAAAAUAUUUAGGAUAAUUACAUUAAGUCUAAAGUCAUUAAUUUUUUUCAUCUGAAAAUUAUCAACAAAUUCUAUCAUUCAAAUUUAUAAUUAUUUUUAUCAAUGCCAGGAACUCAGAAUUUUGAAAUUCAACACAUGGGUUUAUUUUUUUUUAACAAUAUUUAUUUAUAUAUUUAUUUGAUAAUUAAAGCACGUUAAUUUAAAAUAAACUUUGAUAAAUAAUCGAUUUAAAAAAAAAAAAUGUAAUUUAAAUAGACUGGAUUUUUUUCUUCCAAAAAAAGUACAAGGUGUACAAGAACAAGAAAAAAAUAUAAAUAGUUUAACUUGUAAUGUAAUAAAUGUCAGUGAAAUUUUUAAAAUGUA